GAGGUAGUAAUAUAGUUGUCAGUAAUUCGUUUGACAAAAACCAAAUCUAUAGGCCACGUUAAAAUCUCGUUUAACAGAUGGCCAAUGCUACUCUGCAACUUCCCUUUCACUAGAAGUGCGCUCAAUUUUCUGAUGAGAUAACAGUGUUUAUUAUUGGUAUUAUAGUUAGUAGUAGUGUUAGCCAGUCUUUUGAAAACUAUGGAAUGUAAUUAUUUACUGGCUAUUAAUCUACUUUGUGGUUUCAGAAUAGUAACAUAAAUGAAUAUAUUAAAUCCUUUAAGGAUAUGAUCAGACGCUAAGACGUUUAAUGCCGAUCAGUCGUUAUAGGAAGCAAGCAACCAAGGGGUUAAAAUACAACUUGACGGAUUCCUAAACUAAACUUGAGGACCAUGGAAUCCUGCAUAUCACAGGCGCACAAGGCAUGGGUCCGACUCCAAAAGGAGAUCUAUAAUUGGUUCUCAAAACUCGUAUCAGUGGUCCUACAUCAGUCUGUGAAUGACUACUGUGAUUUUAGCUUGUUCCUGCUGUAUACGGCUAUUACUGAACAGACAAAGGAACAGCAAUGAACCAGGUUAAUUGAGAGGGCAAUCGCAGAGGACUCCCCGGCUGUAUAAAUUGUAGCUCGCUAUAAGAAGCGCGCCUGCUGGAUUGGAGGCAACUCAGGUGAACUACUUGCACUGCUCAAUAUAUAAAUAGGACUGUACAUUUUCUCGACCACUGGGGUCCGAUACAUCAGCUUGGAUGUAGGUUGAUCACAGUGAUGCUGCAUCCCUUUACCCAAAUCUGCCCGUUAAAAGCGGAUAUAUGCAAAUCCAAGUAAAAUAACUGAUUCAGCUGAGACCAAAUAAAGAUGAGGUACCUUCAUUCAAUGUGUUUGAUUCUGGCACAUUGUUUCAUUCAAGUGGUUACAUGUGACAAAACCCAAUUGCCAACAACAGAGCUUAUAGAAUGGGAGGAAACAGACAAUGAGGAGGCAUUAGCUAACAGUGUUGCCAAUUCACCAAUUGUAAAUCCACUACGACUUUUUGCAAGCGGGUCUCAAGAUCUCAAACAGAAUAUAAAAGAAAUAACACACUUAGAAAAUGUUGAAGAUUUUUGGGACUGGCUAGCAAACAGAACAAACGUUCAUGAAAACCAUGUACGAACUAAACGCAGACCUAUAGUGAAGACUGGGAAGUUCAAGAAGAUGUUUGGAUGGGGUGACUUUCAUUCUAACAUCAAGACAGUUAAAUUAAACCUUCUCAUAACUGGGAAAAUCGUUGAUCAUGGAAAUGGAACCUUCAGCGUUUAUUUUCGUCAUAAUUCGACAGGCCUUGGAAACGUGUCUGUGAGCCUGGUGCCACCCUCUAAAGUUGUAGAGUUUGAAAUCUCCCAGCAGUCAACACUGGAAACCAAGGACUCCAAGGCUUUCAACUGUCGAACUGAGUACGAGAAAACAGACAGGGCCAAAAAGACAGCCCUGUGCAGCUUUGAUCCUUCCAAGGUUUGCUACCAAGAGCAAACCCAAAGCCACGUUUCCUGGUUGUGUUCAAAGCCGUUUAAGGUCAUAUGCAUCUAUAUUGCAUUCUACAGCGUAGACUACAAACUGGUCCAAAAGGUUUGCCCUGAUUACAAUUAUCACAGUGACACUCCCUAUUUUUCCUCAGGAUGAUAAAAUGUUCUUGCAUGUUCAUGACCUCCUAGAUUUCUCAUGGAAUUUGGGUAUAAUAGGAUCAAACCUAGCUUUCUGGGUUAGCACCAAUAAUAUUUGUCUUUGUCAUUUGCUUGAUAUAGGCUUACACAGAGAGGUUUGAGAAAAGACACUAUGUGACCAUCUCUGCUGAAGGAUUCUGGACACGAGAAGUUAAAAUGGACUUACUUUUGUAUGGAAUUACUUAUUUUGUUUUAGUGUGGUACUUAAAAUGAUGAAGGAAGCAUUUAAAAAACAGUUAGGAAACUGCAUUUAAUCUGGUAAAACUGGUAAGUCUUAUUGGUACAGUAGAUUUAUGUGGUCAUUAGAGAAUAAAGAACUGCUGUUAACAAUCAUCUGUCAGAUGUAAAUCCUGUGCACCCUUUCAAAUAUGUAUCUACUGAUGGAUAAAGUGUUUAAUACUGUAGCUACCGUCAUGCCUAGUAUUACUCAAUUAAAACGCCUAUGUAUUACUGCAAAAAUUAUGUAGAACACAAAUUAUCUAAUUGUCUGUUAUUAAUGUAUUACCCUGGCUUGAAAUGCUCUGUAAGAAUUUGUCAAAUUUUCCAAAAUCAAUAUUUUGACAGUGUUACAAACACAUACAUGGGCUUGUCAUUCAUAGUCUUUGCAAUUAACAUAAUUAUCAGGGUUUAAUAUGAUGGUGAAGACGAGAAUGCUAAUUUGAUAACUUUAUGAAUAUAAGUAAUGGCAACAUUCCAAGUUGUCUGGGACGUCUUGUUUGUUUUUAUCAUUAAUAUUAUUUCAGAGCCGGGGGGGGGGGGUGAUUAGAAUAUACCAACAAAUACUGUAAAUAUAAUAAACUGUAGAUAUCAUACAAUGUCCAUAGAUUGAUUGUGAUCCAAUAAUGACACUUUUUUUUUACCUCAUAAUCUUUUAUGCAAACCACAUGUAUCAGAGUUAGGCAGUGUGUCUUCAGCUGUGCAUUUAGAGAUUAACAGUAAUAGUUGGUAGUAAAAA